CUCUCUGUUUACCGGACGGUUCUGUGGCCGGCGAGCGCCUCGUGUUCACGUGUUUAUCGCGAAUUCGAGUUUCCCGGCGCCUCCCGACUUCCACUGCCAUCCUAUGGUGUUUUCCGACAGUUCACUGGUGCUAAUUCGUGUAGAGCGUUUAUUUACCGAGACUAUCAUCCAUCCUAGAUAGAUAGAUCGUGCGUACCUAUUUUCGGUACUCGUAAAAAUUAUCGGUGUUUUCGGCGGAUGCGAUGAAUAAAUUUUGCAAAUCGAGUCUGUGUGUCGAAAAGGUUGGAAGCUAUGUUUUGAUCGCGCGGCGUGUUGUGCCGGGUGCGGAUGCGUUCGACGCAUUCUCCAAGUCUGUGAAAUUGCGACAGUGUUGCCAGCCCUCGAGCCUGAGGGUCUUGGGACUGCGGAAUAAGGAUCUGGUGCAGAUGCUCCACGCGGUGCCUGGCAAAUGCUAAGAUCGCGUAACAACGUUACCUCCCCGUGAAGACUUCUCCUCGGAAGACUUAUGUGCCAUUGGGAACCAGUUUACCACAAUCAGUGAUAUUUAGCCUUAGUAACAUAGUGAUAGUGCGUAACCGUGAUAUAGACUUAGUGUGUUAACCGAUAGUUUUAGUGUGAAGUGUAACCAAAAAGAAGCGAAGCUGGCUCCGUACAAGGAUAUAAUGAAUUCGUCGAGCAUUAGCUCAGCAGUGCCGACGAUCAAAUGUGAGGAUACCUCCCCUUCGCCGACUGGCCCCGUGGGAACGGACGGAGAGUCAGGGGCGUACCUUAGUGUGAACGUGAACUUGAGUGCUGCUAUGAUGAACCUCCUAGCCGCGGAAACCGGUGGUACCACCACUCUGCGGACUCCAGAAAUCGUGAACGAUGUCAUCACCAUGACAAACCCCUUGGAUCAGUAUAACUACGACAAAAAUUCUAGUUUAAAGAAUGGAAGCGGUAACGACUCCAACUCCUCGAUGUCGAAUAGCUCGUCAGCUACCUCACCAGCGUCAGGCACUCCGCCCAGCAUACAAAAGACAUGCUCGGAACUAAUAAAAGCUGGUUUGAAGCUUUCCAUCGAGUCCAAGAGGAAGAUGUCGGGCAGCGACACCGAUGGUGGAAUCAAACGGAUGAAGAAGGAAGAAAGUGAUGACGACUAUGACAGUAGUCAUACGUUGGCACCUAAAAAUGAGCUUACCCCGGAAGACGAAGAACGAAGACGGCGGCGAAGAGAAAGGAACAAGAUAGCGGCAACCAAGUGCAGAAUGAAGAAAAGAGAACGAACAGUCAAUCUGGUGAACGAGAGCGAAAUUCUAGAGAAUCAGAACAUUGACCUCAAAGCGCAACUAAAGGAUCUGGAAGUCCAAAAGCGGCAGCUGAUCGACAUGCUUUCCGUCCACUCGGCCUCGUGCGUCAAGAACAAUUGCUCCAACGCGAGGGCGUCGCCCACGGCGCCCUACAACCUGCUGCGAGCGUACGAGCCGCCGACCACAUUCCCCGCGACCUACGACACGCACUCGCCCUACAUCCGCCCCGAGUCGGCCAACAUCCUCGCGUCCAGCUACACCUGCGCCGCCUCCCUCAACGGCGACUCCGCGGACACGAUAUCCUCCCUCGACGCCACGUACAUGACCCCUCAAGCGAUAGACUUAGAAUACAACAGACCGGACAGCGUCCUCAGCCUACCCCCCAACUCCGACACGAGUUACAUAACCACAGACGGCUUCCUCCCUAAGGCCACGACAAUUUUGGGCCCCAUAGAACCCGAGGCGGAAUACUAUGAAGCCGAUUUAAAUUAUGUGGCGACUCAGCAAUGCCACAGCUACCCUAUAAACCUCCAGGAUUCUCAAACUAAACUCGGCACCAGCCUCAACGACGGCUGUCUUGUUUAGUAGCUCGCCGUUCUCACAUUAUUGGGGUCCAAAAUUAUUUUCACACGUAUACGUACUGUAAUAACUAGACCUUGGAAAUUAAUCAGCUAAUUUUACUUCGUGUUUAAAAAAUUGUUAUUAAAAAGACCUAAAGUUAGUUAUUUUCGAUAUUAAAAGCACUUUCUUGAUUUGUCACGUCGUCGGAAAGGUAUUUCGAAACGAAAUCGUAUGUCUACUGUGUAGAACAACAACGUAGAUUAGUAUGGAGAUUGUAACGUUAAGGUACGUUUCGGUGAAGAAGGACGUCGCUAGGCAUUCAUUCUUGUAUCCAGAGGAUUAACGGUUUUUGUCAUCGCACGUCUAUUUCUUCAUUAAAACUUGCCUUAAUUUAAAAUGUUGCAAAUAAAAAAAUAAAAUGAGUAAAACAGAUAGUCGCCGCAAUGCGGCCUUACGAUGUCACACCAUGUUAAUUUAUUUGUUUUAAAUGUUUCAAGUGUUGUGAAAUAAUAAGAUUCACCAUUGCUGUGUAACAAUAGGACUGUGAAACAGUUAAUAGAUAGGUAGGUACAUAUAUUUUUUGAUUCUAGAUUAACUCUAAUAUAACAGCAUUCAUUAUUUUUAAGUUCUAUAAUUUUGCUUUGAUUUGUACAAAAUAUUUAUCUUUGUUUUAGAUCUGAUUUAUUGUAGAGAUGGUGCAAUUUGCUGGAUGGAUUGUAAAUAACCGAUAUCUAAGUGUCUAGUCUCCAUUUACUACGCCAAAUUUAAAAUACAAGCAUCACAUAAUAAAAUAUAACUUUCAGUACAAUAAAAUAGAUACCUCCUGUUAAAAUUCCGUAUAUUUUAUUUACAGAGAAAUAUAUUACACAGAUUUUAAAUGGGAUAUGGAUAUUCCAUAAAUGUUGUUCACUAAGACUUAGAUGUAAGACGCUUUAACUCAGAUUAAGUCGUGAUAAUAUUACUUAUUAUGGAUAUAUUACUUAAGUAUAGAAAUAUUUCAUAUUCAGCUUAUGUACUAAUAAUAAUUUAUCUUAAUAACACUUAGUGUUCGAACAUAAAACACCGCA